AUCAUAUACAAUUUUUUAACUGCGUCAAAAAUUUCAAAAUUGUAAGCAAAGAAGAAAAAGUUUCAAGCUUUGUGGAGUAGAAGAAGAAGAAGAGCAUUAGAAUCCUCCAAAAAAGAAAACAGAGAUUAGAUUUUUUUGGGGAAGAUACCAACCUCGUGUAGGCUGAGAAUUGAUUAACAACAGAUUUGAUUCUGCAAGGGAGAUAUAGAGAGAUCUACACAAAGCUCGCAGUUGAAGCAAAAGGAAAGAAUCUUUUAGUGGCUGUAAAGAAGAAAAUCAGCAACGCUUAAUACGACGCCGUUUUUGUGAGGGUAAACCAAAUAAGACCCGAUCUCUCGACAUUCCUGGUCAAAUGGGAAACUGUGUCAGAAGCAACCUAAGAGAGUUCAGAGGAAGACGAUCGAUGGAUCCUAGGAUAUGGCACAAAGUCGCCGCCGUUUCGGGUAUGGCUGCUCUUGGUUUGGGAACUUAUGGGGCUCAUGUCUUUAAGCCAGAGAACCCUUCUUACAAACAGGUGUGGCAAACGGCUUCUCUUUACCAUUUGGUACACACUGCUGCUCUUGUUUCUGCUCCUAGCACCAAAUAUCCAAACAUUUUUGGUGGCUUGUUGACUGCUGGGAUUGUAGCAUUUUCGGGCACGUGUUACAUGGUAGCACUGCGUGAGGACAGGAAGUUUUCUACCUUGGCACCAUUCGGAGGCUUUGCGUUCAUCGCUGCAUGGGCAACUCUACUUUUCUAAACAAUUUCAAAUCAUCUGUACGGACAAAUUGUGGUCAUGCUUGUCCUACCAUGAACUCACGGUUUUGCUCCUAAGAGAUUGUUAAUAAAGUGUAAAUGACCAGAUUAUGUACGCUUCUUCCUUUAGUUGUUCAAUUUGUUGCUCAAGAGAAUAUGUAAAUGACCAGAUUGAUAUAAUCUUAUUACACUACAUCUUAUCAA